GGCAACUCUCUCUCACACACACAAGUCCGGCGAGCUUCUUUCUAAUAACACUCCGUCGUCCCCUACAAGGCUACAACCCAAGAAGCCUUACAGCGCCGGCCAUGGCCUCCUCGUGGUCCACCGGCCUCUUCGGCUGCUGCGACGACGUCAGCGGCUGCUGCCUGACGUGCUUUUGCCCGUGCGUCGCCUUCGGGCGGAUCGCCCACAUCGUCGACAAGGGAACCUCAUCUUGCUGUGUGCGUGGGACGGCGUACAUGCUGCUGGCCUGGGUGGGGCUGGGCUGCCUAUGCUCCUGCUGCUACCGCUCCAGGAUGCGGGAGCAGUACGGGCUCAAGGAGAAGCCCUGCGCCGACUGCUGCGUCCACUUCUUCUGCGACCCCUGCGCCCUCUGCCAGGAGUACCGCGAGCUCAAGAGCCGCGGCUUUGACAUGAGCCUCGGGUGGCACGCCAACAUUGAGAGGAUGGGGAAGAGCGCUCCGACUGCUGCUCCUCAGGCUUACCCGGGGAUGACUCGCUAGUCAGCUAGUGUGUCCGCCAUCCAGCUCAAGAGAAAAAAGGAUGCCAUCUACCAGCUUCUACUUUUGUGUUGUAUUGUUGUGAGUUAGUUAAUUUGGAGUGAAUUACAGAAAACAUCGACAUUGAAGGCUAGGGUUGCAGAAACCACAAUUCUAUAGUUUUAUGCCAAAAAUCAUUAAUUCCGAGGCUAAUUUUUUGCAAAAAAACACUAGUCGAUGGCUUAGGUCGUUUUGAGCACGAUUAUGACAAUUGGGUCCCGGUGGACAGGGUGACAUGGCAGGACAUAAAAGAUCACAAAUAGAUAGAACAUCAUAGACUAAACUGUAAAAGGGCAUAAGAAAGAUAAAAUCAUCUUUUCAUAUAAAAAAGAAAGAGGAGGGAAUCGCGAGUUCGCGACAGAGAGCAGCAACGGCCUCCGCAGCCGGCGCGCUCGAGCUCGCCGGUGUGCGGGCCGAGGCCGCCGGAACCGGCGCCGUCCAUCGCCGCAGAGCCACCCACCGCCGUCGACGUACACCCUGGCUCCACCGGCGCACUCCAAUCGCCGUCGUCGCCGUGCUGCCCCGUCGUUGACUGGAUCAAGGAGCCGGCGCGCUCGAGCUCGCCGGCAUGCGGGCCGAGGCCAGCUUGGCAGCCGGAACCGGCGCCGUCCGUAGUCUCAGAGCCACACACCACUGUCGCCGUGCACCCUGCCUCCACAGGCGUACUCCAGUCGUGCUCUUCGCCGCCCCCAUUGUUGACUGGACAAGGAGCCGGCGCCACCAACCCCCUUCGCGCCCAAACCAGCCACUCCCCAGCCUCGUCGUGUCGACCCGCACCGGUUCCGGCGGGAUCCGGCCGGGAAUCGAGCCACCGCCACCCUUGACGGUCCGCCCAGCGAACCCUGAUGCUUGAAACCGACCACUGCCUCGCCCCCGCCAGCCAGGCAAUCGAGCCGUCCUGCCCGUCCCCGACCAUGCCGGACCUGCCCUGUGCCUCGCCGCCGGAGCUAGCAGCAGAUGCGCCGGCCGCACACGGGGAGGGAGUGGCCGCAUGAAGAGCACGGAGGACCCGAUUGCUUUUUUUCAGGGGUCUUCUUGCGAAAGAAAAUUAUAUCAGGAUGUAAUUAGAUUUUUUUGUUUGCCAUGUCACCCUGUACAGCGGGGCACACCUGUCAUAAUCAUGCUCAAAACGACCUAAGCCAUUGACUAGUUUUUUUGCAAAAAAUUAGGCUCGGAAUUAGUGGUUUUUGGCACAAAACUGUAGAAUUGUGGUUUCUGCAACCCUAGCCUUCAAUGUCGAUGUUUUUUGCAAUUCACUCGUUAAUUUGAGUUUGUCAUCGUGUGGGUGCCUUUCUGUUGCAACUAGUUUUCCAUCCACACCAUCUGCGAUGGUGUUUAGAACUUUCAAUAAGAUCAAUCGAAUCCUUGUUUGGAAAUAGAUCAAUCCACCUUGUUUAUGUA